ACCACCGACUCAUCCCUGGAAUAUUGCGUCUUCGGCAGCAGUCGAAAAGGCAGCAGCAGAUGCGCUUGCCAUGCAUGUCCGCAAUCAAAUUCGCGGCUUCUGGAAUCAAGGAACAGCUCGGCGAAUGGAGGUGACUUUUGCACCCGAGAGGCGCGUGUCGGGAACCAGCGGCAAGGGCAAGCCACAAUGAAAGUAAUGGCCAAGGCAACACCUUCGCCUAUCCAUUAUGCACCCAAUUCCCGCUCAUCGUGAGCCGCGACUGCGUGCAAUGAAAGGCGCGUUGUUGUCAUGGCUACCCGGCUGGCGCCAUGUGAUAGUCUAGGAGAGAAGAAGGCAGAGUGAGUGUCUGUCAGCCGUAGCAAGCUCCCCGAUUGCUCACGGGGCGCAACACGGCAAGCGCGCCGCGAAUGGACGCGACUCAAUUUUGCCAGCACUUGAUGAGAAUACCACAAAGAGCUCGCAUCUGGCCUAUAAAGCGGGAAUGUAUCAGCGAGAGAACAGCCCGCCUUUUUCUCCAAACCUACAUCCUCGCCUCGUUCGAGUACUCCCUUUAUCCCUCUCACGCCAAGAGCUCGCAAAGAUGGCUACCAAGAGCACUACUACGGUCGCAGCCAAGACUCCGGCGGCUCAGCCACCUAACUCGACAGGUUCAACAGCAAGUGACCCUCAAUGGAACAAGGCUGCGCGGCCAACGGAGUCUCCCAAGGCGGGCGCACCCACGAUUGGCAAAGCAAGCCAGAAUUCGACUUCCGCGGCUGCUACUACAGUGCCAGCCACGGGUCCAGCAGCUGAGAACAAACCCAACCCGACUUCGGCCACAUCGGACGCAGCAGCAGGUGAGGCCAAAUGGAACAAGGCCACCACGCCAAAAGCGCCUCCUAAGGCGGAUGCACCAGCGAUCGGCGUCCAAACCAACCUGAGCCCGCCUCCCAGACCCAAGCCAGCUGCAGGUCUUGUCAUGCAGCAGAGGCAGGCUGCGUUGCCAAACAUUGUCACAUGGAAACCCGGCCAGCCACAACCCACGAACAAGCGCCCGCGGGCUCCCACAAAGCUCAAUGACAAGCCGCCGCGUGAUUUCAAUCGCGACUCGGGUGAUUACGGCGUCGUCGACUUGGACGCCUUCCUCUCCAACGCCCCCACGCCCCCACCUCUGCCCGUCAGCCGUGUGUAUCCCAAGGACUGGCUGAAGAAUGUCCAGGCAUUUGACAGCCUGACGCAAGAGCAGAUUCGCAACCACAUCGCCGACACAUCCUCCAAAUAUUUCGACCGCCUCAAGGCUAUUGCUCAAGCUGCUUCGCUCAAAGACUCCAUGGUCAAAUUCAGCGCGGCUACCGGCAUGGUGUUCCUCGAGCCCACCGACGCGACCAGAAAAGAUCCGCGUCGACCACAGGUGGAUUGGGACUCGGACACGUUCGAGGCAUUGGCAGCUGCUCAAUGCGCACUCAAUCCUGCCAUGCAGGACGCGAUACGCAACUUUGGCCUGGAAGGCAAAGAAGUAUCCAGCAUCGACGGGAUCAAAGAUGUGGGCGGAGUGUACGGCACAGAAAUCGCCUUUGUCUCCAUGGAGCCGGACGGCACAGAGUACUGGGCGCCUCGCCCUGGCUAUGCCGUCAGGACCAGCACUUACCCGAUCGUCCCCGACACCGUGGCGGUCGGUCAGCUGGUGCAGGGUAUGGCCUUGGAGAGCAAUGACGGUCAUAAUCCCGUGCUAGCUCACCGCAUUAGCGCAGCUUUGCAGAACAACGCUGGCGGGCCCGUCGUCAAUCCUGACGUCCUAGGCUGCGUCUCCAACUUCAUCUACGGUCUCACAAUUCACGAGCUUGCACACUUCUCUCAACAUUGCACCAAACCGGUUUGGGAUCUGGAUUUGCAACACGCAGCUGCAAAAUCAGCCUACCGCACCGCUUUGAACCAGGCACAGUCAUUGAAACAGCAGAAGGAGGUGUCAUAUACAUCUCCAGCUCGAAACAAGACGGCCACUGUCUCGGAGCACUUCCAAGACAUCGGACUGAUCAUUCAAUACCUAGCCGAGACGGCGGCGAGCUGGAAUGCCAACGUCGGGAUGCAAGCUCCAUUUGAUAGCCUGUCACAGUGGUUUGCGAAAGGCAAAACUGUCACGGUGACCAACGCGAAGGGUACCAUUAGAUUUGCCCAUUUCGAGUUUGACAAGAACGCCGACGGUGCGGCCUUGAGCGCGUACAAAGCUGAGCUCGAGAGCGCCAAACUGGCUGCCGACCAGAAGACAGAUUACAUCAACGAGCUCGCGAGGCUGGUCGAUCUGGCUGCAAAGUGGGCAGGCUUGCGCAUCGGCUACGAGCAUCAGCUUUCGAAACAGGCCUGCAACCUUGUCAGGCUGGUCAAGCAGCUCGACGUUGCACACGUCAACCAAAGGGACGUGAAAGCCCCGCGCGGUCUGGACGUUGUGACUGACUUUACCACCUAUGUCGCAAGUUUCUACGGGGCGGCUCAGCAGAAGACCAUCCAGGCCAUGCAAACUGAGCUCAAACAAACGUCUACCGCGACGCCCGAUACGCCCGAGGCGAAGCGCCGCCAAGUGAUGGCAGAGAUCAUGAAAGAUAUCGAGCCGGAUUUGAAACGAGCUGCAGAGCUGGAGCGCGAUGGUGGAAAAGACCCCGUCAAGCUGGCACAGCUCCGCGAGCUACGCGCCAUUCGCUACGAGACCGUCUUUGAAUUCGGGGCUUCCGAGAGAUUCUUCAAUCUCUUUGCGAUGGAAUUCCACGCCGAGCUCAACAAGAUCUCCAAGGGUGCUCCGGAAGAGUUUCUAUUGAACCCCAAGCGCGAAAGAAGGGAAUAUGGCGCUCAGCUUCAAGAGAAGGAGGGCGACCUCAAUUUUCGACUGCCGCGUGGUGUUAAGCGGCCAGGACGUCUGCCUACGGAGAAACAACUGGGUAUUUUGUUCAGAUAUUCGAUCGAGGAUCGACAUCUCUACGAAGAUGACAAGGCUCCAGAAUUCCCUGCAGACCCUUAUGGAAGCUUCAAAGGCGCUGCACUUCCACCUUGGGCACCGUCCAAAGCCAAAGCUCCAUAAGAGACCCUGAAGCGACGCGCUCCUUUUAGUGCUGUGACGACCAGCUACCGUCUUCGUUCAAGCCGUUUCAAAACCGAUGUCCCAGCCAAGUUGUUGGAGUGUCCAUCCUCCCGCGGUAGAAUUUUCCUUCGACCACGCAACGUUGCACAGACGUGUGUGCUUGCCAUCUUCCUUGUGCAGCGUAUCGAUCCUCU